AUGUUCGAUUUUGGCUUCACAAACUAUAUGCGGUAUGCAUAUCCACUAGACGAACUGGACCCAAUCCACUGUGCUGGCAGGGGAUAUGACUUUGCCAACAGGCACAACAUAAACGUCAAUGACGCGCUUGGCAACUAUCAACUGACCUUGGUGGACUCUUUGGACACGCUGGCCGUUUGUGAUAAGCUUUUCUAUCGUAUUUGUAUUUGCAGAUAUUUGGGAACGUUUCAGCCUUUAAACACGCAGUCGGCCUGAUUACUCACUCACUACACUUUAACGUCAGUACAAUAGUACAGGUCUUCGAAUCAACUAUUAGGUAUGCAUCCAGUACUUCCCCCGCACUUUCAUAGAGUUAUUGGAGGUCUCCUUUCGGCCCACCUUAUGAUUACCGACCCUAAAAAGAGGUUCGAAUCCCUUCGGCCGGACCAUUACGCCGACGAGCUCUUGUCUCUUGCUCAUGACCUAGCCAAUCGGAUUAUUGUUGCCUUUGAGGUGAGUAGGCGCUUAUCUUAUAUAGUCAGUUUUAUUUCUAAACUUUUCCUGACAGACUAACUAACUUGCCUUCAUUAUGCAUGCCGAAGGUAGCGGCUGCACUGCGACAGCCUUGUCAUGUAUUUCUAUCUAUCCGUUAUGCCGUCGAAGCUACUACUACCACUGUCAUUACUACCAUUGCUAAUUUGAAAAUAACACCACUACACUUUCCUCAGCCCCCUCGUAGACGACCUCUCCCGACAUUUCAGCAGUUUUAGGGGAAUCAGAAAUUACACUAGAUGUUCCGGCUAUGCCGAAAAGGGUUGUAAAUCAGGUGCGAUAUAUCUUUACGUUUAUUCUGCAGGAUGGAAAAUGCAAAGAAUGCAGAAUGCUGUCUGUGACACAUCUAAGUACUGGUCCCUAUCGGCUAGACUUAGCAAACGAAUAAUCCUCGUUUACCACUGUUUAAAAAGAACGUAAAUACCACCGUUGCCCUUCAUAACCAGCUUAUUACUUCGCUUUUACCAAUUACACAUUGUGCACGCCCGAAAGACGCCAUACCUUUAGAUCGGCCGUACGGGAAUCUUCCAUCACAACCGCUCUUGGCACCACCGCCUUCUGUUACUUGGCACAAACGAAAGAAUGAUGCAGUAGGCAGCGCAAAAACAACGUUGCAACAAUUUGCAAUGCGUUAAGUUACCCACCCACAGCCAACUCUGGAGCACAGCGGGAGAAAUUACCCCCAGUAUGCAGCUUAUUUUUCACAGAAUGGCGUGAUGUCACGUUAGUUUUCAAUGGGGUCGUUCGGCACGAUCACACCCUUCGCACUGAAGAUCGCAGAGUUCUUGGCCUCGCAUAGCAUGUCGCCCCCGAAAAGCGUUCACUUAGACGAUCUUGGCGAUACCUAGCUUGGUUUUGUUUGCUUUUCUCGUGUACACUUCGGGACAAGACAGUUGGUCCUGACAGCAGUAUUUUAUUGGUAAACGUAGUGACAUUUUAGGAUAUGGAUUUUGUUCAGCGUAUGAAGACGAACGUACGGCAGUCCAUGACGCCCUUUGGUGAAUCUAGAAAUAAAUUAUAGUUGCUUUGCCACAUGACGAAAUUAUGGAUACUUGUAGUAAAUUAGGUCAUUUUUUAUUCCAGUCCACAACACAGUUGCUUAGUAUGCAUCUAUCAGUUCGAGGAGAAACUAUCGUGAUAAGUCGCGUUCACUUGCCUUUAGUCUUGAUCUUCGCGUUAACUUAAUCUUACAGGUUUAGCUGGUGUUCAGUAUCACGCGAUUUUUUGUUAGUACACGAGUCCACAGAGAUCUUGUUUUUUGCCUUGGCCAGUUGAGCUUCCAAAUGGACAAUUCCUUUUAGAAAGUUUAUUUUAAGGCAGGUGUAAGUCUGCCGAGCCGUACAUGACCAAGCUGUUGCACACACAGGAAAGCCGUAUUAUUAGGGGCUUUAAUUUGUCUUUCAAGCCUUAAAUAGUUCCCUAGUACUCGAACAGCCAAGCUAUAUGAUUGCAUCAUUGGCUUGUAUUUUACGCCUGUCCUGUUUUUUGUUCUGCCUUUUUGCAUGCCGACUUUAUGCUUGAUAUUAACACCAUCCUUUUACGGUCCAUGCACUAAGGGAACGCCGAGCGGUAUUCCUUUUCCUAGGGUCAACCUGGGUCUAGCCUCCGUCGAAACACUCGGCUACAGCCACACCUGUCUUGCGGGAGCCGGUUCCCUUCUCUUGGAAUUUGGCACGCUGAGUCUUCUUCUCCAAGAUCCUACCUACGCAGCAACUGCUCGCAGGGUUGUUCUACAACUGUGGAAGAGACGUUCCAAUGUGACUGGGCUACUGGGUAAGAAAUCUUUCCCUCCCUUCUUUAUAUGAUACAGAAAAGAGUCUGUCUGCUGCCAGUCUUAGUUAGGAGUGCACCUUUAAAUGCGCUCGUUGAGUAAGCGAGGGUGAACCCAAGUAUCCACACUUGCAUUAUACAGCGUGUAACCGAUCUCAUGAAAUGUUGACCGAAAUUCUGAAAUGAGUUUUCGAUUAGGAAGGGUUACUUAAGUGGGGUUGUAAUACUGAUAAUCGUGGAGCGUAAUCCCAAGAUAUUUAAGUCUCGCCAGGAUGCCGGCUUUUCAAUGUAUUUCUACACGACCGCCUACAAACACCCCACUUAAUAUCAAUGGCCGCUUAAGUAGAGUGAAUUUUUCUGUUCCUCUUCUAUUUCCUCAUAAAUUUAAACAUAAUCUGUAAAGGACGAGCACAAAGAUAUUCUUUCCUACACUCGUUUGAUAUCAGCUCACAUCUUCAAUUCUGUGCUCGAGUAAAGUGUAUCUUUCGCUUUUAAAAAUUGUAAUUAUGAGACUUUUUAGGGCUGUGAAACUUCCAUUCAAAUACUAUCGUAUCUGUCCGUUUACUAAUGCUCCUUAUAAAAUGCACGUCCAUUGUUUCAUAUACUGUCGUAGUGACAUAGAGCUGUGUGAUUUUUUUCACAUUAUAAGUAUGCAACCCGGAACGCAAGUGCAACGACGGACCUGAUUCAGGAUAAUUCGGGAAUUGGAAAACUUCCAAAACCCAAUUAUACCCUUUUCUUAAGUAUACAGUUUGAUGGAGGUGUGAUUUGCUACGAAACGAGUUAAAGAGCAUAUCCUUGUGCAUGUCUUCCAUAAAAAUAUGUUUGUUGACAUCACAAAAAUGCAUACACAAAGGCCAUUUUUUGUGGGGUACGGUUUUCAGAGGCGAUCGAAUGGGAUUGCUUUCAAAGGCCGACAUCCUACCGUGAUAAAAAUACCCUGGAAUUAUGCUGCACGAUGAUCAGUAUUACACUUAAGUAAUCCUUCCUAAUCGAAAACGUAUUUCAGAAUUUUAGUUAAGACUUUCAUGGAAUCGGCCGCUGACUGUAAUACUUGUGUCUUUUCAUUCGGUGGUCUCUUGCUUUGUCCGAUCCAGAGUCCCAUUUUAACCUUUUCGUACACCUAGGCACUGACAUUGAUCUGAUGACGGGCAAGUGGAUCAAUCAGAUGACUGGCGUUGGUGCUGGGCAGGAUUCCUUCUACGAGUACCUUCUAAAGGUGCAUGCCAACUUUUUUUAACUGCAAUUUGGCACACAAAUGGGCUCUUUACUGCGUGCGUUUUUCUAUUGUCCCUUCAUUCCUAAUUUGGUGGUCGCUUGCAGAAUUAGCGAUCUCGGUGAGAAGGAGGAACCUCGAUACCCAACAGGCUUUACUCAUCUAUUGCUGUCAGUACCGAGCUGGAAUGGACCUAAAGCCACGCGGUCCACUUUUUGCAUGGUUCGCCUGACCCGCCAGAACGACAUAAACUGCAUUGUACACCUUUUUGGAAUUUUCUCGUGUUCCUAGUAGUGUGCGGCUUCGAUAUUUGUAGGUCAGAUCGCCGGUUAGAGAUUGCAAAAAGGCAGUCAGUCCUAGCGGAUGAAAAUACUUCAUUAUUAAGCGUUUCGUCUAUUAGAAUAGUUUUUACACUGACUCGCCGGUACUGCUUUACUAUUGUGACUGAUGUAGGUCUUGUUGGAUAAACCAGUGAGAGUUGGUCUAAACUAUCUUAGUAUCCGACCUACCUCCUUUUUGUGUUCCUUAACGUAUAAAAGAUCAGGCUGUCUCUAAGUAAAGCCAAAAAGGUGUUGUCCAACCAUUAUACACUGCCACAACUCAGCUUACUUGUCAAUUUUGUUGAUUCUGAGAAUGACAGAUGUAAGCCAUCUGACACUGCAGGAUGCCCAAGAAAUCACCUCGCAGGCGAUCUUUUGAAAAUUUCAAGUCGAUUACGACCCAUGCUUACCAUUGGCUUUGGCGAGAUGUUUCUUUAAGAGGUGGUUUCUACAGGUUUCCGAUUUCGUCCUGCCCAUUAUAGAGUCGAAUAGCCUUUGAUGACAAGCAGAUGGGACGGAUGUUUGAUGCUGCCCUGCGCAGCCUGAACUAUCAUCUGCGCGGCAAUGAGACCAGUUGCACCCGGGAAGAUGGCCUGCCCUCUGCCUACUGGAAUGUGAAUAUGUUUACGGGUGAUAUUGCAAACUACUGGAUUGAUUCUCUCCAGGCAGCCUGGCCAGGAAUAUUAGUGAGUGUAUCCUCCAUUCACUCGAACCUGGACACAGGCCUAUUUGCCGCAUUUUUAACUUAUCAUUGCUUUUGAAUAUCGGUAGUUCUUGAUGUCGGUAUCUACGACUUCAUUCCUCACUAAGGCUACCUGUCUACUCAUUGAACGCUACGGAACAAUUGCUAAGGUGUUCAGUUAGGACGCCGACGAAGUGGCAUGAAAAAGCGCUUGCUAUUGUUAUCAGUAGUGGUGGCGUAGGCGCUGCCUUAUUUGCUUUGGCGUAUUCCUAUGCCGACCCCGCUAGCUUCUUAAUAUGUCAUAGGGAGUCUUAAAAAGCUAUGUCCUUGCAAUAUCUCUGGCAACUGACCGUUCUGACUAUGGUCCGCACAAAACUGUCCCAAUCUGCGAUUGUGCUAUUUUCCAUCCUGCUCUUGCUUACUGCUGCUUGGAACUUCUGUAUGCACCCGAAUCUCCUUAUCGUCAUCGUUGCUUCACCGCAUAUCAAUAUCACUCGGAUGGACCUUUCAGUGCACUAUCUCGGAAGAUAACAUGUCAUUCAAUACGCCGAGUGUUGGGACCAUCAGGGCGUUGAAUUGCCUCAAUCGUAUCCCCACAACCUUUCUUCCAGACAAUCUCGUCGAGGAGGAUGUUAAACGAUGAGUCAGCGCAACAGCUACUGUCUUUUGAACCUAAAAGGAUGUCCGUCGGAUUGAUCCUGUAUAAAUCGUUGUAUUCAGGGUAACGGUUCGAUCAGUGUUUUGUGCGGCUGUGGCUCUGUGCCCCGUGAAAACCCCCGACUUGUGAUUAAGAGGAGAGAAUCUUGCUGUUUAAUCCAUGGUCUUGUCUCUCCACUGGGUAAAAUUGUCCGGUGUGUGCCAUACUGGCACUUUGUCUGCGUGCAAUAGAAUUGUAGCUGUAGGAGGGACUAAUUGUCUUAAGUCAGUUAGGCGUUUGGUGUCUGGCUUUCGGCAAUAGCAGCAUGACUUGCUAACAGCUGCUAGAAUCUAAACACUCCAGCGUGAAUCGUCUCAGUCUUCAUUUCUUAAUGGAUGCCUUUAACCGUAAGCAGUCGUUGAGUUUUUUCUCAUUUUAAACUCCCACAGGCCCUUGCAGGUAAUGUUGAAGAGGCUAAAUGUCAGCACAGCAUCCACCUCUCCAUAUGGAGACGUUUUGGUCUACCGCCUGAGCGCUAUAAUGUGCUAUCCAAGCUGCCGGACCUCUCGUUCUAUCCGUUGCGACCCGAGUUUGCAGAGUCCACCUAUCACCUCUACCGGGCGACAAAGGACCCCUUCUACCUUGCCGUUGGUGCCGAAAUUGUGUCAAAUCUUGACAAGUACGCUCGUGCCAAGUGAGUCUUUUCCUGCAUGAAGGUUGCCAAAUUUCUUCUAUCAUUACUCUGUCACUAUGCAGUCGUCAUGUUGCCCGUGCUGUACACCCGACUUCCGCAAUCCGUCUCUCCACGACGCCUUCGGUGCAUUAGGAAUUUGAAGGCUGUUAAUGUCGUUAGAGGACUAACCUUGUCAAGUCAUGCAGAAAAUAGUUAGGAUUUUGUCACCAGAGUUUCUGUCCUAAUUUCUGACUUAUAUGUGAAUUCGCGGUACCUUUUGGUGACACGAAGUAUGCCAGGUUCUACAUACUUAACUUCAAUGCUUGACAUUGAAGCAUUUGAUUGUACAGUGAAGUACGCGUAACAGUUUGUUGUUGUUUGUUGUUGUUGUCGUAACAGUUUGUUGUUUGUCCUAACUACUUGUAAUCCUCUCCUUUGUCCUGUUCACAUCCGAAUCUUUCUCUUUGCAGAUGCGGCUUUGCAACAAUCCACAAUGUGCAAGAUAUGUCCCAAGAAGACCGCAUGGAAAGCUUCUUCCUCAGUGAAACCCUCAAGUAUUUGUACCUGGUUCGUUUCUCUGCAUACAUUAGUUCCAUUUUCUCAAGCUACAAGAUCCGCCACUGACCCACGUUGUGGGCGCAACGCUCGUGACUUGCGCUACAUCCGUUUAACCUCUUCAUAAUGCAUUCCGAUGGCAAGACGAAGUCAAAACCAGAGCUGGCGAUCGUUCGAUAAUUGCUUUGGUUGUACAGGCCACACCAUUUUUCAUGGCUCUUGAGUAGAUGCCGCAAUUUAUAUAGCUCGUUUUCAACCUCUGUCUCGUCAACACUACUAAUCUUGGCGUCUUAGCUGCCUGCGAAUUGCUUUGCCUCCAAUUGGGUGUCAUAUAGAAUCAGCUUUUCUUUAUUUCGCGUUUCCGAUUAUUAUUCUGGCCCUAUAAAGCCCUCAGUCCAUAACUUUGCGGUUAGCGCCUCCCUCAUGCCAUCCCAUGUUAUUGCAGAAGCCUGGGUGUCCCACUAGAGUGACCUGGCGUUUCUAUUCAUAUUUCCGCCUUUAUAUUUUCUCUUUCUUUCUUCCUCUUUACCGCUGUUUAUCCAAACCUUGCCCCAUCAUGUAUUCGAGCAGUGCGGUGCACACCUGUGUCGUCAUUCUUUCGAGCUUCUCAGGCUAGUCAGAUAGCGAUAAGCAGUGAUACAUGACAAAUCCUGCUGUCUGACAACGGCUAAUAAGCCAGAAAUGUUCAUCACAGUCACCCUGUCUUGGCUGCCGUUUAUUCUUUCUAUGGGACACUGUGUGCACAUAUGCUUCGAAUCCCUUGUCUGACUUCACUCUGCUGUAGGCACCAUUAAAAACAACCCCGUUAUAAGCUACCGCAAGUCCACAGGAAUACGUAGCCGCUGCAAGUUGCUCAAUCAAAGAUAGUCAACCGGUAAAUGCACAAAAGGGGACGAGUUUAAGUUUGCCUCGCAAGGCGGUUUUGAAUUUUUUAGCGCUCAUAAACAUCCUGUACUGCAAAGACUAGUUAGUCCCGGAGUACUAAGGAAGUCCGCCCAAAUUUCUUUUCUGCUCCUUUCUCGCGACUUGACGUGGAAAGUCUUUUUAAUGUGGCUUUCCAUGGCUACUUAGCAUUGUUAGUAGGCAGUGUUAUUAAAUUGUACUACUUCCGGUUUUUGUGCAAUUCCUCAUACUUCUUUUUAAAAAAGCUAUUCGACGAAGAACAUUUAAUCAACGUCAACGAGGAAGACUUCCUGUUUACAACGCAAGCACAUAUACUGCCAAUUUCGAGGCUUCAUCAACUUGCCAAAUUACUGCCGUUUAAUCCCUUCCAAUCGUCAACAGACUGCACAGACGGUUCGCCGUGUUUUGUCACCUCUACCCCAGAGAGCUACCUGGUAAGCAUGUUUCUAUCAUUUUUGUUUUCUACUAAAUUUCAUGCGCAAGUUCUAGUUUUCUUCACGGUUAGCAUCGAACUCUAUGCGGCACUGCACUACACAUCUUAAUUUGCUUUAGGUGGUGUUCAAGUAUUGAUAGAUUUCGAGCGCAAUCUUACGCAAGUUCGUAUGCCAUAGUAUGUGGGCUUAUGACCACGCAUCCUUCCAGCUGCGCAUGUUAAGUCAACCCCUGAAGGCCACUACUUACAUAGUUUGUAUUUUUCUACCGACUUUCGAAGCUUGCUUGACUUCGCUCCUAGUUACCAUAAAAGAUGAAUAAAAGGGCGACACGUUGCUUUAUUUAGGGCCCCCUAGAAAGAGUCUGUCAAGGUUUUAAAGAGCCUCGUGCUUACCUGAGUGCGCCGACGUUUAUAUGGUCAUUCGUAUUGUUUGCCGUGCCGAAGUUUAGUAGUGUUACUGGAAAACCGUAAGCUACGUGAUGCGCAUGCAUUCCCGUAUGCCAUCCCCUUCCAAAAAUGUGAUUCAGCCCUGUGGCUGGGGAGUCCUAGUCAAAAUCCAAAGUAUUAUCAUACGUGCAUUAACUUGUGAUUCGGCUCCACCCUAUUUGGUAUGGCUAUGUCAUUUAGUUGAUUUCCUCUACCUGAAAUCCCAUCUAAAUUUGCAAGUGUACGAUUCACGAAUUUCGAUGCCCACUGGACUUCUCGCGGUUUAUCCAUCAGCAUCGGACGCAGGUCGAUGAUUAUGCAGGCGUCUGAAUGUAAACCAGCCAGCAUUUUCCCGAUCUCUGAACUGAGUUUCUCUGGCCUUUUGCGCACUUUGGUCUGUGAGUACCAGACCCCUCUGAAUCCAUCAGCGCCUGCGCGUUUUAUAGGCGGGCAUGACUGCAGACUGUUAAUCACGUCCCGGGAUGCUGGAAUAAGGAAACGGACUUCCGCGAAUACUAGCCCCGAUCCAAACACGAUUUUUGGUCUGACGAACAAAUAACCGAGGACCAGCGCAGUAGUACUGUCAGGAUACGGAGGCUUGUGGUCUAGAACGCCGACUACUCCAUACACUGCCUGGGAGUCCGAUUACGGUACUUUGACCCAAAAAUCUCAACCGCUGGAAAAAUGUUUUUUUUUCAACCCAUUAUGUAUUCUGGGCCAUAUAUCAAUCCGCAGGCCAAGUUACAGACCCCUAAAUCUGCAUCUGCUAAAAUCGCAAUUAUCUGCUGGUGCUACGGCGUCUACAGGAGUCGAGGUGUCCGGACAGGUGAUGGAUCAGCAAACUGUCCUGUCUCCAAUGCUUCAGGAACUGUGUUGCCUCGUGGUGUGCGAAAACGUACAUACCCAUUACUGCAGAAUCUAACCAUGGGACAAUGGUGCAAUGACGACUUAUCAAUCCCUCUUGAUGACAAUCAGCCCUCUCCCGAGGGACCAUUGAUGAUAUUUACGUGAAAUUUGUCUAAUGUGGUAGACUCGCGCAACAUCUGUCUUGUUUUCCAUUAUUUACGCUCACCCUACUCCACUGUCAGGACCAAAUCAGAACACUCGGAGAUAAGCGUUGUUAAAUCCAGAUCUGCCCCCAUCACCCAUGCACUCAUCCUUGCACAUACCACCCAGAUUUCACGAUUUCGAAUCCCACAUAGGCGAUAACUGCCCUAAAAGCCCAAUUAUGGAGGUACCACUACGGCUUCACCCUCGGUAUAGAAGAAGACAGAGCUACCCUAUCAGUUAUCAACUUUCCAAGCCAUGCCUUUAGUGCGUUCAUUUCACGAUGGCGAGAAAGUUAUGCACCAGAUCUAUACCGAUCCGGCCCCACACCCUCUAUCAGCUGUGAGAAGUCGCAGUCGUGUCAACUAGAUGUUAUGAGAUUAGGGGUCCUGGUGGACAUUAGUUAAAGCCCAUAUAAAGCACGUGUCACAUACCUGCUUGGCGCCAUUGAGAUCUUCCUCAACAGCGCGGCCCCUCCGGGCACAAUGUAGUAUGGAUGUCAACUGCUUCCGGGCUGCGCUUCACGGGCCAUGCCUCGCUCAACGUUGGUGUUAGGCCUCACUACCGCAUCAAUGUCGUUCACAACUUCGGCUGCCAGACAUACAAUCGCAGAGCAUAACCGGACCAAAUAUUAUAUUUUCUAGAAACCGGUGUCACGAAGGGUUGCAUCUGCGUACCCUCUUACUGUUACAAGGUGUACAGGUGUUGACUCACUUCUAACUGCGUGCGGUCUGUGCCAAAGUCAACUUUUUGUGAGCAGAGGUCGAUUUGGAAGUUGCAUUUCUGAAAGCCUUGAUUCGCUGCAUUUAUUUUACUGCUUUUAGUGUCCGGCUGUGGAAUCUACCUCUAAUGUCUUUGAGUGA